GAUGUGAUAGAGACUCUAGAUGAGUUUUCAUCCCAGAGAUCAGAAAGUUAUGGAACAGAGAAACAUUUUUAUAUACUAGGCUAGCUAACUUAAGGGGUAGAACACCGAGUUCGCUUGUAUGAACUUAAGCUCCACCCAAUAGAUAAUCCAUUAGACCUGCUUUCCAAAAAAAAAAAAAAAAAAAAAAAAAAGGAACAAAAGCGUGCGUUGAACAUGUAUAGCAUAUACUUAUCCUGAGACAACUAUGGGCGUAACCAUCGUACCGGUAGCAACUCACAUUUUCUACGACAUUAAAAAAUGGAGAGCAAUCGUCAAAAUCUCCGGGAAUGUCACUCCUCACCUCCACAUUACCUCGGAAACCACACAUGCCAAUUUCACAUUCCACGCCUUAAACAUACAUCUUCCAAAUCCCCUAGUACUAUUACCACAGCAGUACUGUACUAAGUAUUGUAUCGUUUUGAUAUCAUAUCACAUCAUCAAUCAAUUACACAUUAGUAACCAUGCGUUCGACCAAUGUUAUUUUCGCACUUUUUUCCCUCUCUUCUACGAUCUCUGCUCUUGCGGCUCCAAGAUCGUCAGCUCUCGAUGUGGGAUCAAAUGUGUUGGAGAAAGAUUGCCAAUGUUCUGCUAUGGGGUCUAUGUUACUCCUCCUACAUACCUCUAGAUAAGGAGGGUUACGCUAAUGCAUCCAGCCGUCUGCCAUAAGGCAUCCCAUAUCAAUUGCUGCAAUGGAUUCUCCUGCGAAAUGAUGGAUAAUCCCAACGGAGAUUAUGGGGUUUGUCGCGCUUCGAAUGAUCGUAAGAAGGAUGAGAAAUGCAUGUGUCUCCAUGUCUGAUUCUAACGAAAAUCUUGAAAUCACUUCCUCGAAGAAAAUCGCUACGUCGAAGGAGAAGAAGAAUGAAUUGAUGACUGAAAACUGCGCACCACAAAAACCCACCGGGUGUCCACCUUUUGGAUUUAAAAAUCCUCUCUUCUCCUCACGCAGUAGUAAGAGUGACAAGAAAAAGGUCCAUGCAAUAAAGAUCAACAUGAUAGCUGCUGCGGAGGUCAAAGAUGCACAGGAAGAGGAGCACUCUCAUCUAUACGCAUUGAAAGGGAUGUUCCAUGGGUUUGUUGAGGAAAUCGAGAAGAAAUACUGUUUACCACAGGGAGAAUCAUGUAUGAUGCAACAUGACAAAUGCUGUCAUGGAUUGAUGUGUAAUUCUGGAGAAUGUAUGGCCGGCAAUGACGAAUUGAAGCUUUGAUAAGAAGGGUCUGAGUAGAAUGCCAAUGAUUUUGA